AUGUACUACUGCUUUAAUAUCUCCAGCAAAGAUAAUGGUGGUGCAAUACUGGUGCGUGCAGCGGACCCGAUAGAGGGCAUAGAGAAGAUGUGCCAGCUGCGAAGACAGCAUCCAAAGGCGCCCAAAAAUGACAGUUUCACUGAGAAUCCCCAUCAACUGGCUAGUGGACCGUCAAAGCUGUGCAUCGCUUUUGCCAUUGAUGCAUCGCUGAAUAAAGCCAACAUACUCGAUGACCCUGCCAUUUGGAUUGAGGAUUCAGGGCAAGUUUACGGCGAUGAGGAUAUUGUCAAGGCAACCCGUGUCGGUAUUUCCCAAAAAAAUCCAUGGGCUAAUCGAUUGUUGAGAUUUUACUUGAAGGAUUUCAAAUCUGUUAGCAAAAAGUAG